AUGGUAGCGCAUCUGACUCCAGAUCAGAAGGUUGCGUGUUCAAAUCACGUCAAGGGAGUCCCUCCCUCUAAAACCACUCCAUGUGGGGAACAUGAGAGCCAGACCAAAGAUCAGAGGAACCAACCUGGACCUGAACCUGAAACUGAACCUAAAUCAGAAUUUGAAUCUGAUUCAGAUUCAGGUUCCAGUGUGUCCUUUAAGAGUGCUGAGUCACAUGAUCGCUACAUUGAUUUUAAAGUCCAGCAACCGUCUGCUGCAGACAAAGUGGACCAGGAGAGCUUAGAGGUUCCCAGUGGUCAGGUCUCCCAGCAGACUGAAACACACCUGGACUCCAUAUUUAUGCUGCUGGAGAAAGACAUCAUCACUUUUGUGAAGAACGAGCUGAAGAAGAUUCAAACGGUUCUGAGUUCAGAUUACCCAGAAGGCUUAGAGAGUCAGGUGGAGGAUGAUGAGCAGAUGAGCAAAAGCAGAGUGUCAGUUGUGAAGAUCACACUGGACUUCCUGAGGAGGAAGAAGCAGGGGAAGCUGGCUGACUGUCUGCAUAGAAAAAAUCUUGUUACAGUUUGUCCACGUAAACUUAAAUCUAAGCUGAAGAAGAAGUUCCAGUGUGUGUUUGAGGGGAUCGCUAAAGCAGGAAACCCAACCCUGCUGAAUCAGAUCGACACAGAGCUCUGUAUCACAGAGGGAGGGACUGCAGAGGUCAAUGAUGAACAUGAGGUCAGACAGAUUGAAACCGCAUCCAGGAAACCAGACAGACCAGAAAAAACAAUCCGACGAGAAGACAUCUUUAAAGCCUCACCUGGAAGAGAUGAACCAAUCAGAACAGUGCUGACAAAGGGAGUGGCUGGCAUUGGGAAAACACUGUUGACACAGAAAUUCACUCUGGACUGGGCUAAAGACAAAGCCAACCAGGACAUCCAGUUUAUAUUUCCAUUCACUUUCAGAGAGCUGAAUGUGCUGAAAGAGGAAAAGUUCAGCUUGGUGGAACUUGUUCAUCACUUCUUUACUGAAACCAAAAAAGCAGGAAUCUGCAGCUUUGAAGACUUCCAGGUUGUGUUUAUCUUUGAUGGUCUGGAUGAGUGUCGACUUCCUCUGGACUUCCACAAAAAUGAAAUCCUAACUGACCCUAGAAAGCCCACCUCAGUGGAUGUGCUGCUGACAAACCUCAUCAGGGGGAAACUGGUUCCCACUGCUCGCAUCUGGAUAACCACACGACCUGCAGCAGCCAAUCAGAUCCCUCCACAAUAUGUUGAUAUGGUGACAGAGAUCCGAGGGUUCACUGAUCCACAAAUGGAGGAGUACUUCAGGGAGAGAUUCAGAGAUGAGGAGAAGGGCAGCAGUAUCAUCUCCCACAUCAAGACAUCACAAAGCCUCUACAUCAUGUGCCACAUCCCAGUCUUCUGCUGGAUCACUGCUACAGUUCUGGAGGAUGUGCUGCAAACCAGAGAGGGAAGACAGCUACCCAAGACCCUGACUGAGAUGUACAUCAACUUCCUGGUGGUUCAGGCCAAAAUUAGGAAGUUAAAGUAUGAUCCACACUUGAGUCCAGAGAGCACAAGGAUGAUUGAGUCUCUGGGAAAACUGGCUUUUGAUCAGCUGCAGAAAGCAAACCUGAUCUUCUAUGAAUCAGACCUGACAGAGUGUGGCAUUGAUAUCAUAGCAGCCUCAAUUUACUCAGGAGUACUCACACAGAUCUUUAGAGAGGAGAGAGUACUGUACCAGGAGAAGGUGUUCUGCUUCACCCAUCUGAGUGUUCAGGAGUUUCUGGCUGCUCUUUAUGUCCAUCUGACCUUCAUCAACUCUGGGGUCAAUGUGCUAGAACAACAACAAACAACCUCCCAGAAGUUCAAAAGAAGUCAAUCCCUCGACAUGCUAAUUUUUUUCCAGAGUGCUGUGGAUAAGGCCAUAACGAGCCCAAAUGGACACCUGGACUUGUUCCUCUGCUUCUUCCUGGGUCUUUCACUGCAGACCAAUCAGACUCUCCUGAGAGGUCUUCUAACACAGACAGGAAGUAGCUCAAAGACCAAUCAGGAAACAGUCCAGUACAUAAAGGAGAAGCUCAGUGAGAAUUUGUCUGCAGAGAAAAGCAUCAAUCUGUUCCACUGUCUGAAUGAACUGAAGGAUCGUUCUCUAGUGGAGGAGAUCCAGCAGUCUCUGAGAUCAGGAAGUUUCUCCACAGAUGAGCUGUCUCCUGCUCAGUGGUCAGCUCUGGUCUUCAUCUUACUGUCAUCAGAAAAAGAUCUGGAUGUGUUUGACUUGAAGAAAUUCUCUGCUUCAGAUGAGUCUCUUCUGAGGCUGCUGCCAGUGGUCAAAGCCUCCAACAAAGCAUUACUUAGCACCUGUAACCUCUCACAGAGAAGCUGUGAAGCUCUGUCCUCAGCUCUCAGCUCCCAGUCCUGUAGACUGAGAGAGUUGGACCUCAGUAACAACAACCUACAAGAUUCAGGAGUGAAGCUUCUAUCUGCUGGAGUGGAGAGUGCACAUUGUACACUGGAAACUCUGAGACUAUAUGGGUGUUUCCUCUCUGAGAGAAGCUGUGAAUCUCUGUCCUCAGUUCUCAGCUCCCAAUCCUCUAGCCUUAGGGAUCUGGGCCUGAGUAACAACAACCUACAAGAUUCAGGAGUGAAGCUUCUGUCUGCUGGAGUGAAAAGUCCACAUUGUAAACUGGCAGCUCUGAGGGUGGAGCCUGCUGGAGUCCAAUGGUUGACACCAGGGCUGAAGAAGUAUUCCUGUCAACUCACAAUCGACACAAACACAGUACACAGAGAACUUAAACUGUCUGACAACAACAGGAAGGUGACACGUGUGAUAGAGGAGCAGUCAUAUCCUGAUCAUCCAGACAGAUUUGAUGUUCAUCCUCAGCUGCUGUGUAGAAAUGGUCUGACUGGUCGCUGUUAUUGGGAGGUCGAGUGCAGAGGAGACAUUUAUAUAUCAGUGAGUUACAGUGGAAUCAGAAGGAAAGGAGGGAGUAAUGACUGUGUGUUUGGAUGGAAUGAUCAAUCAUGGAAUCUGCUUUGCUCUGGUGAUGGUCCUCGUUCUGUCUGGCACAAUAACAAAGAAACAUCCAUCUCCUCCUCCUUCUCGUCCUCUGUCCCUAACAGAGUAGCAGUGUAUGUGGACUUUCCUGCUGGCACGCUGUCCUUUUACAGAGUCUCCUCUGACAUUCUGAUCCACCUCCACACCUUCAACACCACAUUCACUGAACCUCUUUAUCCUGGUUUUUAUGUCUGGUCUGGUUCCUCAAUGUGUCUGUGCUGAGUUGAGCUUGACCUUCCUUGAUAAUUCAGGAUGGAAGGAUAUCAUGCACAGAAUUUGAGUUUCUCAAUUGUUCAAUUAUUCCCUUAAGAGUGGGGAGUGAUAACAGCUCAAAGUGAGAAAAGGUGGACAUGCAUCCUAAAACCGGAACAGGGUUCAGCACAAGACAGUGAGAGUGUGAAGCCUUCAGUAAUAAAACUUUUCCACUAAAAUGAUUAAGAAAUUGCUCACAGAGAGCCUGAGAGGCCGAGCUCAAAGAGUCCGGACAGAGAUUUAUCACUGAAUUAAAUUUUGAAUAACAUUUGGGGGUUGUGGCUAUUAGUCUCAAUAAUAUCUUAAGCUGCUUUAGCUGCCUUUACGGAGUUCUGGUAUAGAAAGCGGCUCCUACAAAGAAUGUCAUAGGUCGUGUCUGCUGUAAAUCCUUUCAGAUUUACAGCAGACACGACGUAAGGCUCGUAUAGUGUCAUUUAGGCUUGGUUGAUAAGAAGUUCUGGGACGUUUCAUCUUUAUAGGGGCCACAGUAUCUAAGAUGGAACAACAGGUGGAUAGCAUAGCGUUGGCAAAAUCAUCAACCAAGGGAGGUGUGUAACAGUUAAUAUCAGUGAAAUCUGGAUCAAAAAAGGCAAAGUUUAGAAAUGCCGUAAUGAAGUUAGCCACAGUCUCAGAGUUAAUGAUACGUACAGGGCGAUGACAGCCUUUAGAAUUUAAAUCAAUUGCACACAGCUCAACAUCAAACAUGACCAAAAAAUGGUCAGAAAUACCAGCAUUAUCAAUGUCCAUAGUACAAAUAUCCAAAGCAUAUGAGAGGAACCAAUCCAAAGUAUGGCCUUUACGAUGAGUUGGUUCCCAGACCCACUGUGUAAGGUUAAAAGAGUCAAUUAAGGCAAGAAAAUCCUUGGCUAGGGGGUCAUCAGCACAACAAAUAUGUAUGUUAAAAUCUCCAGUAAUAAGAGCUUGGUCAUAACCUAGUAAAAAUGAACCCACGAAGUCAGCAAAUUCACAAAUAAAAGACCUAUUAUAUUUAGGUGGUCGAUAAAUCAUAGCACAUAGAAUCGUUGGGGGUCCAGCAAGCUCCAAUAAUUGAACCUCAAAACUAGAAUAGGUAGGAGAGGGCAGUUGCCGAACUUUAAGUUUGUUUUUAACAACAACAACAACAACAAACUUUAUUUAUAGAGCACAUUUAAAAACAGCGGUAUACCAAAGUGCUUAACAUAAGAGACGGAGAAGUAACACGAGUAUUAUAACGCUUUAGCAAAGUAUCAAAUAUACUCACAGGUCAAUGCCACUAAUAAACAGGGGUAAUAUAAAAUGCAUAUCAAAAUAAAAACAUAAUAAAAGCACAAGCCAUAAAAAAAUAUGUAUAAGAAAAAAUAGAGUAAGUCUAAAAGUCAGGUGCGAGCAUUAACAAGCAGGAAAGGCGAGAUUAAACAAAUAGGUUUUUAACCGUGAUUUAAAAGAUUGGAUGGAAUCAGACGCCCGGAUCACAAUCGGAAGGUUAUUCCACAACUCUGGUGCAGCCAGGGCAAACGCUCGGUCACCUCUAGACUUCAGCCGAGAUCUAGGCUGCACCAAGAGUAACUGAGUAGAUGAUCUUAAUGCUCUGGCAGGAACAUACGAUUUAAGGAGUUCCUUAAGGUAGCUCGGUGCUGUGUUGUUGGUAAUUUUAAACGUGAGCAGCAGUAUUUUAAAUUGGAUGCGGUAAAAACAGAGGCCAUGCCUCCACCUCUUCCCGAGGGUCUCAGUGAACUGAAGAACACACAGUCCAGAGAUAGUAGCUCUGAAAAGGAAGAGGACUCACCAGGACGAAUCCAAGUUUCAGUCAAUAACAGAGCAUCAAGCCGAGAGGUGAGGAAGAGGUCAUUUAAGAUGAAGGUUUUUAUUCACCAGCGAUCUUUCUCACCUGUCUUUCUGUCUCCUUUCACUUUUUAAAGGUUGCCAUGUUAGAAAAAAUA